CUGCAAACUGCUGUUUACUCUGGUCUUCUUCACACGCCGUCAGCUGUGAACCAAACAUCACAUGACUGCAUGCAGCUCUACUCAGAGCUUUAAUCCGUACGUUAAACUCAACACUGUUUAGUUUCCAAACAGGUAAACACAGGUGAGCUGUGAGGAUAAAAGUGAGACAGAGGCACUGCUGUCACAGACGGAGCGGAGACGAGCAGCCGGGACAUCAGAGGAACCAGACGAGGAACCGGCACUGACCUGUCCCUGUCCCAGAGACAAAUCACACCAUUGACAACAAAAACUUCACGACAGGAUCUGAUGUCACUGCCCUCACAGUUAAAGCGACUGAGGCUUCAUCAUCACUGAGACAGUCACAGAGCUCUGAGCCAUGAGGUCUGCUGCCCUGCUCCUGCUCCUGGUCCUGGUCUACGUCCAGGCCGCUGCAGCCGACGACGUCACAGAGAGGAUUCGUCACAACUGCAAAACCCUGUACCCGGCCAAACCCUGUGGAGACGGCUGGUUCCGGAUCGACGUGUACCGCUGCGCAAAAUACUUCUGGACUCCAAGAACGUUUCGAGAUGCAGAUAACGACUGCCGCCGCCAGAGAGGUCACCUGGUGUCGAUGCACAACGCCGUGGAGUACAGCCAGGUGCUGUGCUUGGCCUUCAGAGCCAACAAACGCAAAGACCACUUCUGGAUCGGCGGGAGGAGCAAAUAUCUAUGGCACAGCUUUCAGUGGACAGACAAGACUCCGUUUGAGUUCCAGAGAUGGGCGUUCUUCCAGCCGGACCGGGAGCCCGGGGAGGAGUGUGUGGAGAUGAACUAUGAGACCUGGGGAUACUGGAACAACGCCGUCUGCUCAGGGAAGAAGUACUACGUCUGUGCCCGGAGAAUGUGAGCCUCAUCCUGAUCAGCUGACCGGAGCACUGUCUGAUGCUAACAGCUAACAU